UUUAAUAAACCAUCAUUAUCUUCAUCAUCCUCAUCAUCCUCUGCCUCUGAUUCUCCUCCUCAUCCUCAGUUUGUCCUCCAGACCUUCGUAUCUUCAGGAUGGACGGAUCACCACGAAAAAUUCAGUUCAGCGUUCCUCUGCUCGACUCUCACCUGGAUCCUGAAGCUGCAGAACAGAUCAGGAGGAGAAGACCGACUCCUGCCACGCUGGUGGCCUCCAGUGAUCAAUCAUCUCCAGAAAUAGAUGAAGAUCGACUCCCCAACCAACUCUACAAGCAAGCUUUGCUGAAUUCACCUGGUCAGAAGCGGAGAGGAGUGAAGGGAACACCAACCAUGAAGGAGUUACAGUUCCUGGUUGAACAUCAUCUGAACCAGCAUCACCAGCAUCCCGCCGCGGCAGACGAAUCAUCAGAAAGCUGUUUAUCUGACACGGGCGGAGACGCCGCCGCCCCAGAGCAUCAUGGGAGUUCCACAGAGACGGCGGAGGAGUUUGAGAAACUGUGCUGUCAGAUGGAGGAAUUCUCCAGAGAACAUUCAUCAGAAGCAGCUGAGAUCGAAUCCCGUUUCUCUCAGGAAAAAUCUGAUCUUCAGACCACAGAACCUCACACACAUACAGGUCAGAGGUCAUCAGUUCCAUCAGGAUCAGAUCAGCAGCACUGAGAGAAAAUUAAUCACAACGAUCGAUCAGAAUCAGCACAUAGACAAUCUAAUCAAUCUAAUCACAGAUUUAAUAUUUAAUAUUAAUUCUACAGGGUUCGUGUGAAUUAACGUUCACUAAUAAUUACACACGCUUUACUCACACUGUUCUCCCUCACAGUCCUAAAAUCUACUGAUGUCACACACUCAUGUUUAGCAGUGUAAGAUUAUAGAUGAUAAACAUAAGUAAAAUGACGUUUUCAAAAUGUUUUUGUAGAUUCUCUAAACUUAUUUCUGUUGUGUUAGCUGUAUGAGCUAGCUACACAUGCUAACACUGCUAAUCACGUCUUUAAUGAAGCUUUAAUUAGUGUGACCAUACACAUCCGGCCGGGAUUUCUGAAAGACCAAAUUAUUUGUGAUUUUAUCUUUAAAUCUCGACUUCUCUUAAAAAUCCCCAAACAAAAAUAAAAAUUCACACAUUACAGAAUAAA